AAUUAAAUCGGAAGUAAGUACGUGGCCGCUUCAGGCAGCUCAUAUUCUGCAUGAUGGCGACAGAGGUUCAGAGCGGCGACCUCAACAAUGGCAGUUCUAGCCGGCUCGAAGUCUCAAUCGAUGGCCUCACCCUUAGCCCGGAUCCCGAGGGCGAGCAGGAGCAAGUCUUUGAACCGGACCCCGUGCCCGCGGAGCAGGAGACCGGGGACCAGAGCACCGCCGAAGCCACCGACGAUGGGCAGGAAGGCGAGUCUGCCAAAACCACGAUAGAGAGGAAAUGGGGCUUUGGUUUGCUGGAGCUAUACGGACUAGCAUUGAAAUUCUUCAAAGAUAAGGAUGGGAAGGCCUUUCACCCCACCUAUGAGGAGAAGCUUCGUCUGGUGGCCCUCCACAAGCAGGUGUUACUGGGGCCAUACAACCUCGACGCCUCUCCAGAGGUGGGCUUCUUUGACGUCCUGGGCAAUGACCGCAGGAAAGAGUGGGCUGCUCUGGGUAACAUGGAGAAGGAGGAGGCCAUGGUGGAGUUUGUCAAGCUGUUGAACAAAUGCUGUAAUUUAUUCGCUCCUUACGUCACCUCCCACCAAAUAGAGAAGAAGGAGCAGGAAAGGAAACGGAGGGAGGAGGAGGAACGACAGCACCGGGAGGAUGAAGAGCGGGAACGACAGAGACAGGAGGAGGAGAGGCGGAGGCUUGAGGAGGAGGAGAGGCUGAAGAGGGAGGAGGAGGAAAGGAGACAGUUGGAUGAGGAGAGGCUACGGGUGGAGCAGCAUAAACAGCAGAUCAUGGCAGCAUUGAAUGCCCAGACAGCGGUGCAGUUUCAGCAAUAUGCUGCCCAACAGUAUCCAGAGAGCCCUGAGCAGCAGCUGGGUCUCAUACGCCAGCUGCAGGAACAACACUACCAACAGUACAUGCAGCAGCUCUACCAAGUCCAGCUGGCUCAGCAACAGGCAGCCUUACAGAAGCAGCAGGAGGAUGCGGUGGUGCAGACUACCCUGGAGGUCACAACUGAGCCUUCAGCUGCAGUGCCCCCGGCUAGAGAGGAGGUCCCCAUGCUCAACGGCCAGUCAGACUCCCACUCUGAGAGCAUGGACAAAGAGCCAGAACCCCUCGAGCCUGCCGACGAGGCCACUGAAAAUGGACCCAUGGGUACACGCACGCAUCGACCAGCAGACUCUUCCCCGGUCAUCGCGGCUCCCUCCAUGUGGACGCGGCCCCAGAUCAAGGACUUCAAGGAGAAGAUCCGACAGGACGUGGACAGUGUGAUCACGGUGGGGCGUGGCGAGGUGGUGACGGUGCGCGUGCCCACCCACGAGGAGGGCUCCUACCUUUUCUGGGAGUUCGCCACGGACCACUACGACAUCGGCUUCGGGGUCCUCUUCGAGUGGACUGAUGCCACCAACGCCUCGGUCAGCGUGCACGUCAGCGAGUCAAGCGACGAAGACGAUGAUGAGGAAGGGGAACCUCCCAGGGAGGGGGUGAAGCUUAAGAAGGGGGCAGGGAAGCCCCAGGUGGAUGAGAUAGUGCCGGUGUACCGGCGGGACUGUCACGAGGAGGUCUACGCUGGCAGUCACCAAUACCCUGGCCGUGGAGUCUACCUGCUCAAGUUCGACAACUCCUACUCUCUCUGGAGGUCCAAGAGCGUCUACUACAGAGUCUACUACACCAGAUAAGCCUGGAGAUGGACUGGGGGAGGGUGGCUUGUGUCUGUACGUUAAGAGAGGGGGAGGGGGGGUGAGAGGAUCUGUUCUGGACAAGACCACCAGAGGGUGACAGAAAUGUCAGACUCAGUUUGGAGAUGGGAACUUCUAUCUGUUUGUGUGUGUGCAUACACCUCGUCGGAGUUGGGGGGGAAGUUAACGCUGUAGUCUAUUCGCCGACCUGUAUUUUCUCUCUGAGACCACCUCUAGGACUCUGUUGUAUUAAUGUCUUUCUUCCCUGCACAAAGGUCAUCUAACCCACAGUCUAUGUUCUGUCAUGUCAUGUCAUUGUUAUGGCUGUGCUUCUAUCUGACUGAGACGCUUCUUAACCGGAGUUUACAUUUUUCAAGCCCACCAUGGGUCAACACAGAGCUGAAGUUCAUACAGGGUUUUGUCCAAUGAGAGAAAUCCUGGACAGAGUCCAAACAGAGUGACACACUACACUACAGCACCAUGCCUUUGUACUAUAGCAGGAGUCCCUUAUAGACCAACACUGAGUAACACACUUGAGAAGUGGGGAAGGGUUAUUGGUGGUGAAAGAGGGGAUAUGACAUGUACAUUGGAAAGUAUGGUUGAGGCCUUGUAAAUUUGGGCAUCUCGAAAUGGAAUGCUGAAAAAAGGUGAUUGUCUAAAAAGGAUUUAAUAAAUAUUUAUUUGCCCUUGUA